AUGCGGCAAAACAGCCGGAUUUCAGCGGCCAGCCAUAUCAGUAGCAGCGUGCGGUUUCCAAUUAUCUUGCCAAGAAAGCAUCCGUGCACAGAACUUCUUGUCGCACGGUAUCAUCGGCUCUACCGUUAUGCAAAUUCCGAAACUGUUGUGAACGAAGUUCGCCAAAUGUUCGUCAAACCGAGACUCCGUUCAGUGGUGAAAGCGGUCAGCCGAAGCUGUCAACGCUGUAUAGUUCGCAACGCUCAUCCGACCAUCCCUCCGAUGGCUCCUCUACCACUAUCGUGGCUAGCCAUACAUGUUCUUCCAUUCAGCUACGUUGGAGUGGAUUACUUCGGCCCGCUACUAAUCAAACAGGGCCGUGCGAAUGCGAAGAGGUGGAUAGCGCUUUUCACUUGCCUGACGGUGCGCGCUGUUCACCUUGAAAUGGCGUAUAGUCUGUCAACGGCCUCGUGUAUUUCGUGCAUCCGUCGAUUUGUCUGCCGCCGUGGUUCGCCGAUAGAAUUUUACAGCGACAAUGCUACAAACUUUCACGGAGCCGAACGACUACUGCGAGAGCAAAUUAACGAAGGAGUUUCGGCGACGUUCACCAGUGUACACACGAAGUGGACCUUUAUUCCACCAAGCGCUCCACACAUGGGUGGUGCCUGGGAGCGACUAGUUCGCUCAGUCAAGGUAGCGAUUGGGGAUGCGUAUACCGAAGGAAAACUCUACGAUGAAGAACUGCAAACUGUUAUCGUGGAGGCAGAGAGCAUUGUUAACACUCGACCGCUAACGUACUUACCACUCGAUUCUGCGGAAUCAGAAGCUCUUACUCCCAACCAUUUUCUGCUGGGCAGCUCGAAUGGAGUCAAACAACCAUGUGUAGAUAUGAAACAUCAACAAGGUACAUCUAGAGAAACAUGGGGUCACAUCCAGCUGCAUCUUAAUCGGUUCUGGCAACGCUGGUUAAAGGAGUAUCUUCCCGUUAUCCGGAAACAGGCCAAGUGGUUUACUGAAUCUAGACCAGUACAGGACGGAGACCUGGUGAUGAUUGCGGACGAAGGCAAACGGAACGGUUGGGUAAGAGGGAUUGUAAUUGAAACAACCAAAGCGUCAGAUGGUCACGUGCGACAGGCUAUGGUACGAACUGCGGGAGGAGUUCUCCGCCGACCUGUAUCAAAACUGGCAGUACUCGAGGUAAGGAGUAACUCUGCGGUCUACAAAGACAGUGAACCGCACCCGGGGGAGGAUGUUGCAACAAGCACCUCGAGAAAAUUGGCAACACAGUCGGCUGAGCGCCAGGCGGCAAGCGGCCAGUCUAUGAGUAGGGAGCUCUAG